GGAAGUUGUGUUGAAGUUCAUGGGAAACUCGUAGAGAGUCCCGGUCAGGGACAAGCUGUUGAACUUCAAGCAGAUGCAGUCAAUUUAUUGGGUGAAUGUGACCCAGGGGAAUUUCCCUUCAAAGCACGAAUGAGGCACCCACCAGAUUUCAUCAGAAAACACCAGCACCUCCGGCCAAGAACAAAUAUAUUUUCCUCUCUGCUGAGAAUCCGCAACACCGCUUCUCAGGCUUUACAUCAGUACUUUCAGGAGAAUGGUUUCUGUGAAGUCCACACACCAAUCAUCACAACCAAUGACUGUGAGGGAGCCGGAGAGGUUUUUGGCGUGGAGCCGUUAGACCGUAGUCUUGUGAAUGACCUUGACUCUGCAGAAACUGAUGAAAUGUCUUCAGAUGAUGAAGGGGACAAAUUAAAACAUUUCUUCAAGAAUCCUGCCUUUCUCACUGUAUCAGGACAGCUCCAUUUAGAAACUGUUAAUGGUGGUUUCUCAAAAGUUUACACAUUCGGUCCCACAUUCCGAGCGGAAAAUUCCUUGACGCGGAAUCAUCUUUCCGAGUUUUACAUGUUGGAGGCGGAGAUAGCGUUUAUAUAUCAAUUAGAGGACCUCAUGGUUAUAAUGGAGGAUCUCAUUAAGAAAACGACAGAGACGAUUCUGGCAAGAAGCGCUGAAGAUGUUAAUUUGUUUUUCAAACAUGUUUCUCCCAAAAAGAAAGAAUUGGUCAAAAAGAUGUUGAAAAGUCCUUUCAUGAGAAUAUCAUACACGGAUGCAGUCGAGUUGCUACAAAAUAAGGUUCAAAAGUUUCAAUUUAAACCUGAGUGGGGGGAAGACCUCAAGAAGGAGCAUGAACGCUUCCUGACUCAUUACUUUGGUGAUAUUCCAGUAUUCGUCACAGAAUUUCCCGCCAGAAUCAAACCAUUCUAUGCAAAACUAAACGAUGAUAAUUGCAAUACAGCUGCUGCAGUUGAUCUCUUGUUUCCUGAAGUCGGUGAAGUGUUUGGUGGAUCGCUGAGGGAGGACAACUUUGAAACAUUAGAGAAACGACUCCAACUGUUAGGACUUGUAGAGGGCUAUCAGUGGUACCUAGAUCUUCGGCGGUUUGGCUCUGCACCUCAUGGAGGCUUUGGAAUGGGCUUCGAACGUUACCUGCAGUAUCUACUUGGUGUGAGCAACAUCAGAGAUGUGAUACCCUUCCCCCGAUGGCCAAAACAUUGCCAUAUGUGAAGAGGACAUUAGACAAAUCAAAAACUUGACCAAUUUGGACUCGAUCUACAAGUGUUGUGGAACUUGUCAAUUUGCAAACUGUCUAUGAGGUUAGUUAAAGGCUGUGAUCUGAACUAUGUGCUGUAUUUUGAUACCAAUGAUGCAAUAUUGCAGUU